AUGACAUCUUCUACCGCCCACUACACCACACUUUCUUCUUUGUCUAUGCACUCCAAUGACGACCACCCCUCACAGAAUACGUCGACGAUUGCCGGGUCAAGUGACAAGGACAAAGGCAAGCCUACUGUAGAACAGCUAUCUCUGUCCGAAGGCGUCUCGACGAGUGGCGACAGCUACAAGCUAUACAAGCGUCGCUGGACCGGAGUUGCAGCUUUAUUUAUACUUGAAGCCGUGGCUUCGAUGCCAUGGGUUUGGUUUGGUCUCAUUGCCACGCAAGCUCAGGCCGACAUGGGCUUUACCGCGACCCAAGUCAACUGGCUCGGCACCAUGAUUGCCUGCGCAUACCUCCUCAUUGCCUUCCAGAUACCCCUCUACGUACGAUACCUUGGUGUGCGCAAGACGACGUAUAUCGGUGCCGGCUUCAUGAUACUCUCCGCUUGGGUCCGUUACGCCGGCACGGCGCGCUCCUUGUCAACCGGAGGAUCGUAUGCACUCAUCAUCCUAGGACAGUUCUUCGCAGGACUGUCCCAGCCCGUCUUCCAGAUUCUCGCGCCCAAAUACUCGGAACUUUGGUUCGAUCUCAAGACGCGCACAACUGCUACGAUGAUCAUCUCUAUUGCGAACCCCAUAGGCGGAGCGAUCGGACAGCUCAUAUCGCCGACAUUCGAUGAUACGCGCACGGGUAUCUUAGUCCUCGGUAUCAUCUCCACUGGCGCUGCUGUCUCCGCCCUCUUCAUACAAGACAAGCCUCCUACGCCUCCCACAUUCGCUGGCUCUCAAGACUCGCCAGGCCUGUACACACUGUUCCAGGCUGUGUUCGGGCGUGAUACACAGGAAAGUGCGCGCAUGAGUGUGCGCGAACGGCUUGACUUCGCGAUCUUGGUAUGGGUCUUCGCUUCGAUGUUUGCAGCCAUCAACGUAUUUGGCGUACUAUCGUCCGCCUGGCUGGGCCCAUACGGCUAUUCAGACGACACAUCAGGACUGAUGGGCGCUACGCUAUUGAUAUCGGGAAUCGUAGCGGCGCUCGUUACAGCCCCACUCGUGGAUCGAGUCCUGACCUCCCACAUCGGGCUCACGAUACGUGUCUUAUGCCCGAUCAUCGGCGCUGCAUGGCUGGGCUUCAUAUGGGCAGUUAGGAGGAAUAGUCCGGGCCCACUGUUCGCUCUUUGUGCCAUCAUUGGCGCGUGCUCGAUCUCGCUGCUCCCUAUUGCCAUCGAACUUGCAGCAGAGCUCACAAGGAACACCGAUGGCUCAUCGGCUACGCUCUGGUUCUUCGGCAACCUCAUGUGCGUCAUCUUCAUAGAAGCUCAAGACGCACUGCGCGCUCCGGCGAAUGCCGAUCCGCCGCUAAACAUGCACAGCGCGUUCAUUUUCGUUGGCGUGUGGACUUGCGCGUCAUCAUUCUUCGUCUUUUUCCUGAAAGGCCGCCAGGCGCGGCGUGAGCGCGACCUUGCAUCAUCCAAUGCAAGAGUGCUAGAGGCAGAGGUGUGA